AUGGUUGAGCCCGGUGCGGCGGCGCUGCAGCUCUCGUCGCGUGGAGCCGUUGCCAUGACAGCGGUGGGCGUCAAAGUGGAGCAGGAAGAGGCCCACCACACCUCCCCGUCCCGAGACUGGACCCGAGGCCUCCCCCAAGACACGCACCAGGCCUCCCCCCCCCUCCCCCGCUGCCCGUCCGUCAAACAGGACUGGUCUCCGGGACGAGAAAUCUCUCACAGACAAAGUCCUUUAACGUUCAAAGAAGCUCAGGAGAAACAAGAUGGACACCCCAAUCUUAAAGAAGUCAUGCCGACCAUCGAGAAGCUGCUGAACACGGACUGGAAGGAGAAACUUUUGGACAAAGGCUCGGCAGCAGAAGGUCAGCUCAAAGGUACCCCUGAGUCCCUGGCGGAGAAGGAGCUGCAGUUGUUGCUGAUGAUAAACCAGCUGAGUGGGCUCCGGGAGCAGCUGAUGGGGGCUCACUCUGAGCAGAGGAACAUGGCGGCUCUGCUCCUGGAGAAGCAGCAGCAGCAGAUGGAGCUCGCCCGACAGCAGCAGGAGCAGAUCGCCAAACAGCAGCAGCAGCUCAUUCAGCAGCAGCACAAGAUCAACCUGCUGCAGCAGCAGAUCCAGCAGGUGAACAUGCCGUACGUCAUGAUCCCAGCGUUUCACCCGAACACACAGUCGCUGCAGACGGAGCCUCAGAUGUCGCUGCCGCUGCAGCCCAUUCCCUGCAAACCCAGUGAGUCUGAACCAAACCAGUUAAACCAGUUAAACCCAAGAAUUGAAGUUGUUCGUGCGACUCAACCCUUCACCUCCGUCUGCUGCUCUCCGGAUGGUCAUGGGGUUAUAGCCCAAAGAUACAGACGCUACGAUUACAGACGCUACGGUUACAGACGCUACGCUUACAGACGCUACGAUUACAGACGCUACGAUUACAGACGCUACGAUUACAGACGCUACGAUUACAGACGCUACGAUUACAGACGCUACGAUUACAGACGCUACGAUUACAGACGCUACGGUUACAGACGCUACGAUUACAGACGCUACGAUUACAGACGCUACGAUUACAGACGCUACGAUUACAGACGCUACGAUUACAGACGCUACGAUUACAGACGCUACGAUUACAGACGCUACGAUUACAGACGCUACGAUUACAGACGCUACGAUUACAGACGCUACGAUUACAGACGCUACGAUUACAGACGCUACGAUUACAGACACUACGCUUACAGACGCUACGAUUACAGACGCUACGAUUACAGACGCUACGAUUACAGAUGCUACGAUUACAGACGCUACGAUUACAGACGCUACGAUUAG